GUGUAUCCGAUUGCAAAAUAUGUUAGCCUACUGGUUUAAACUGGAUAGGAAUCGAGGGGAGUGUCAAAGUCUAAGUUAGGCUUGAAACAAAUAAAAACUAACGCUCUGUUCAUCUGAGUAUAUUUCACAGUACGAAGACUAGGUCAGAAUUUGAGCAAGCAAAAAGAGCCACAACAAUGUCGAACGGGCACAAAGGUCCGACUCAGCCAGACCAUCUUGCUGGGUCUGGGGAAUAUGAUUACAAUCUGAUCAUUGUUGGAGGAGGGUCAGCAGGCCUUAGUCUGGCCAAGGAGGCAGCUACUCUAGGUCAGAAGGUGCUUCUACUCGACUUUAUGACCCCAUCUCUUAAAGGAUCCACAUGGAAUGUCAGCAGCUGUAGUAUGAGUGUCCUUAAGAAGCUGAUGCACCAGGCUGCCUCCAUAGGCCAGACCUUGAAGGACUCAACUGCCUAUGGUUGGAGACUCCAGCAGCCUGUGUCUCAUAGCUGGUCUGAGUUGACGGAUGCCCUGCAGCAGAAAGUGAAGACCUUGAGCUUUGAGCUCAGGCAUGAGCUGCGGCAACGUAAGAUCACCUACCUGCACGCUCACGCAGAACUCCUGGACCCCCACACUGUACAGGCAACUGAUGCGAAAGGGGAACAGACGAGUCACACUGCAGAAACCAUCGUGGUCGCCACGGGAGACAGGCCACACUACCCAGACAACCCUGGAGCCAAAGAGCAUUGCAUCACCUGUGAUGACCUCUUCUCCCUGCCGUGCUCCCCCGGCCGGACCCUGGUGGUGGGGGGCACAGGAGAGGCGCUGGAGGCUGCCGGCUGGUUGUUUGGUCUGGGCCUGGACGUGAGCGUUAUGCCGCAAUCCUCCGUGCCCGAUGGCUUCGACCAAAAGGUGGUCAGGAAGAUAGAGGAUCACAUGUACGUGCAGGGGGUCAACUUCCUGUAUGGCACUAUGCUCACAAAGGUAGAACAGAUUGAGGCAGGCAGUCCAGGGAAACUGAAGGUCACAGCUCAUUCUCCUGGAGUGGGUGACAUAUAUGCAGAAGACUUCAGUACCGUACUCCUAGCCGUAGGCAGGGAUGCCUGUACGCGUAACAUUGGCCUGGAGAGAGCCGGCGUGCAAGUCGACCAGAGAACAGGAAAGAUAGUUGUGAGUGAUGAAGACCGGACCAGCGUGUCGCACAUCUAUGCCAUCGGAGCUGUACAGGAGGGAAGGCUGGCUCACUCGGGCCUCUCCAUGCAAGCUGGACGCCUGCUGGCUCAGAGACUGUAUGGAGGCAAAAACACUAAGAGUGACUACUCCAACGUUCCCUCAGUCCUGUUCACUCCCAUGGAGUAUGCAGCCUGUGGCCUCACUGAGGAGACCGCCUGCCAGAGGUUUGGAGAGACUAGCAUAGAGGUCUUCCACAGCAACUACUGGCCACAGGAGUGGACUCUGCCCAGGAGGAACAAAAACUCCUGCUAUGCCAAAGUCAUCUGUCACAUCACAGACAAUCAUCGUGUGCUAGGGGUUCAUGUCCUGGGCCCCAGCGCAGGUGAGAUCAUUCAGGGCUUCGCCACCGCCCUCAGGUGUGCCCUCACCAAAGAACAGCUGGAUGCCACAGUAGGCCUCCACCCUGCGUGUGCAGAGGUGCUGGCCAAUUUGACACUAACCCAACGAGAGACUGAGGCUAUGCUUGUCCAGGGAAAUUGCUGAGGUUAAUGCCCUGCUGUCAUUCACAGCUUCCCAUGGCAACAUCAAACUGCUCUGUGUGUAGUUUUGAG